GAAGAAUCCACUGACUACAGUGUCUCAAAGUGAGAUCGCCUUAUUGGGCUGGUACCUGUGACCGUGAUAUAGAAUAGGCUGACCUCCUACAAACAAAAUGAAUCGGAACUCCCCUCAAAAACUUGACGUGUCCCACGUUGGGGCUACCAGGAUUCACCAAGUGUUACAGAACAAUACAGGAGGAACAUCAAACUCUCACUCCCGAUCCUCCUCCACAUCCUCCUCCCAUCAUCACAUGUCCAACUCCCUGCCUCACAAUGCCCAUCCACAGACCCAUCCCGAGAAGGUCCGCAGUAACAACAACACCUCCCCCUCCCCGCACUCACAGUACCCCGACCCUGACUGGGAGGAGAAGGAGGAGUUGAGGUUACGAGAGCUUGAGGAGGCCCGGGCGCGCGCCGCACAGAUGGAAAAAACGAUGAGAUGGUGGUCGGACUGCACUGCAAACUGGCGCGAGAAGUGGGGCAAGGUUCGAAAUGAGAGGAACAAAGCUAGGGAGGAAAACCGUCAACUACGAGGGAAGUUGGACGGAGUGAUAAAAGAGCUGACAACUACCAAGAGGGAAAAGCAGGAGAUUUCUGUGGACCUGGAGAGAUUAAAAGGGGAGCUUGAGAAGAUGAACAAUGACAGGGAAGUCGCCAGUGUCAUGACAGAGACGAUGUGCGGAAGGAAAUCUCCAACUCAAGACGUGGUACCGGAGAGGGACAUCUCUGUCUGUGAGAAGGCAGAGAAGGAAAAUGUGAACGAAAAACAUGAAAAGGUGUUUGACAACAAGAACGAGCUGCAUCUGGACAUUGAGAUUGACAAACCUGAGCGCCCGCCUAGCUGGAGCGGUACAGCCUCCCGCAGCCGUGACCGUGCCCAGCUGGAAGAGCUGAUGGCUGAGAAAGAGAAGACAGAGCAGAAGAUGUGCAUGCUGCAGAUGAAACUGGAAGAGAGUUCCAAAACCAUACAGAUUGAGAGGGAUGAGAAGAGCCUUCUGAUGAAGGAGAUUGAGAAGCUCCACUGUGACCUUUCCACCAUGAAGAACAAGUGUGAGGAGGUCACCAUGUCACGCAGUGAGGUCCAGAAGGAGCUGAAUCUCUUGAAGUCUCUACACCAGCAAGAGCUGAGCAGGGUGACUCUUGACCUGGAGGAAGAGUCCACCUCCAGAUCUACUAUGGACAAGAAGCUACACGACCUCAGAAAGGAGAUCGAGAGGCUUCAGGCGGAGAACGCUCAGGAGUGGGGUAAGAGCGAGCGUCUGGAAACGGAGAAACUGGCCCUGGAGAGGGACAACAAGAAGCUGCGCACACAGGUGGAGGACCUGGAGGAACAGCUGGACAGGAAGACAAAGGAGGCGUCCGCAGCACUAGACUCUGAUGUCAAAAGUCUCCAGAGCCAGCUCCAUGACAGGAACAAGGAAGUUGGAGACUUGAAACAUGAGAACAACAAGAUGAAGAAGAAGCUUCAGGACAAGGCAGCAGAACUUCACCAUGCCCAGAAGAAGGCUGAACAAAGUGACACUGAAGUCAAACUACUCAGGGGUCGCGUUGAAGAGCUCAAGAAGUCCUUGGCUCAAGCUGAAGAUGAGGUUGACUGUCUACAGAACAACCAGCGGAAGCAGCAACGUACCCUUGAGGAACAACAGGAACAGUGUGAGAGUCUACAAGUCCAGGUGGACCACCUGCAAACAAGGCUGCGACAACAGCAACAGAACGCCACCUUGCCACUCUUCAAGAAGCGCAGUGCCUCCUCCAGCGUGAAGUCCUACAGCGCGCCCAUGGACGACGGGUCCGAUCCCCUGUCGGAUGAGGACCUGGAUGACUCUCCGUAACGUCUAUCGUAACUUCAGAGUGUGGGUCAACUAACAGGAACAACAAGUGCACCAUGACAGCUCUAUGAUAGUCUUACAAAUGUAUUUCUUACAUGUUGUAUCUUUAGUUUACAACAUAUCCCAACAUGAUGUGCAACAGACAGUAUCUAUACACAUUAUAUACUGCAGUGACUUCCAUUUGUGCCUAACUGCCACAUUCACCAGUGCAGUGAUCUUACAGAAAAAGGGACGGACCAGGAAUGGCUGUGAGAGGAGCGAGGGAUAAAAAUGAUAAGGUACCAAGUAAAUGUCUUCUUGGAAGGUUGCAAAAAAGUUUGGUCAAAACAUUGAUAGAAUAUAUGGUACCUUAAUAAAACUUACAUAAUAGGUAUUGUUGACCUAUAUGUAUCAUUGGAACAAGUUUGGACUAAAAUUUUAAUUAUGUUUCUUAUAAGUCCACUUCUGAGAACAUUUUCCUGUAAAUCAUACAUAUUUAUAAUGUUAAUACUCCAAGAAGUGUUCCACCAUGUUACUGUUACCAUUUUACGAUCCCACGAAAGAUGAGAACUUGACCACUUAACCUCAUUGCAGAUGAAAUUGAGUUAGAUAUGGAGAUGUAUUGAUCAAGUGAUACUGCACAGAUGCCCCUUGUACGCACUAAUCCAAGUACCCCUAUGACAAAUUCUUUAAUCCUCCCCGAUGGCCAAUAGUUCACUUAGAGUUGAUGAACAUGACAGUAACUCUUAAACCAUGAAUCUGCCUUCAACUACCAACAGCCAUAUGGUCCCCAAUUUGCUGUCGAGCUGUUCAGGGAGUCAUCACUUAACUGCCAGCAGGUACAGAGUCUUUACUGUAGAUGGACGUUGGGCGUCAAUCACAUUUAUUGGCAUUGUCAAGGCAUUUUCAACAUGAUUUACCACUUUGAGUCCUACAUUCAGUUGUAAAUUAUGGAAAGAAUGACAAGGAUAGUAUGCAGAAACUUUACCUGCGUUCACAGCCACUCCAUUUGUGCCAAAAAUAGGUGUACUAAACUAACAUUCCAUAUCCAUAGACACGAACAACAACCUAAUGUACCCCAACUAGCCAGUGCUGGUGCUUAUUGCUCCAUUACUACUGAAGUAAUGAGACUGCACAAAAGGAUUUAAAGAAGUCUGCUUUACUGUUAACAUGCCCCUCAUGUGGACUGCAAAUUAUUCUCGAUUUCCCCCACGUGCACUUAGUAUCCUAAGAGUAACAUUACUACUGCUACAGGUAACAUCUCUAAAGGUAUAGGUGUACCCUUCAUGUACAGCGUAGAAGUGGCAUUGGAAUAUUAUAAUACCAACCGAUCAUGUGGUGUUUUGGUUAACGUUAUAACCGAGAGAUUGUGGGUGCUGUUACAUUUAUAAGCAGGCAUGUUUUUCUGUUACAAAACAUUUGAUAUACAUAUUUCUAUACUAGCAGGGUCAUCUGGUACUUUUGGGACCAGGAAAUUGUCUGUGUAUGAGCAAAACUGUGUUAUGACUGAGUAAGGGAAAAUAGAAAGAAUUGUCUGAAGCAUUCCAUCUAGGAUGACAAAUGAUUUUAUAAUUUCAUAACUUUGAUGUUAGUUUUAUAUUGUAGACUGUGUUCUUGUUGAUCGCAAAAUAACAAUUUGUAUAAAUAUUAAUCACGAAAUUGAUAACAUCAGAUGAUGCAUUCCAGUUACCCAGCAAGACAAAUGAUGCAAUUGACAUGUGGAAUUAUUACUAGCGACCAUUUAUAUCAAUCAGCAAUUUGCAGGAACUUUUUGUUAUGCUCUUCUACUGCAUAUUCACUUAUCCCGAAUGGUUUGUGUUAAUGGAGAGACAUUGCAAGUCUUUGAAUCAUGCCAGUCCCUUAGUGCCAAGGGUAGUUUUAAACCUACUUUCCCGUCUCCUGUUGAAGAUAAAUUUCCAUUCCUCCAUGGCACAUAAAGAAAGCGAGUCAUCCUGCUUGAAUGGUUUGUGGAAAUUCAUUGAGCAAGGCUGUCUCCAGGACCUGUCUGUCCGGGGACGGAAAUUUGCUUGAAAGAAAUUGUGAAAAUGUAUUUUUGUAAGUUUCAAACAGUAGAUUUAACAACAAAAUUCAACAGCGCAGACUCAUACUAGAAAUGAAUGGUACAGAAAAAAAUUAGGCUGGAGACUACCCUGCUGCUGAAACUGUAAAAUGGGGAAAUUUGUGUACUCCACUUGAAAGACUCUUUGGUGAAUGUCAGAUUCAGACUUUCCAUCAUUGAAUUAUUCAGAAAGCCUUGUUGCUUCCAAUUCAGGGGAUGUCUUCGUUUUCAUUAGGGAAAGUGUCACUGUUAAUGAAAGUCAAAUUGUUGGUUCCUAAAUUUGUCAUCCGGCUCAGUAGAUAGGAAAGGCCUGUCUAUUCUACUCAUUAAACUUCUCUCUGCCAGCUUGUCGUAACCAAUGCAAAUUUGGUGCCUGGAUUUACUUGCUACAAAACCAACAAUAGAUUGGAUGAAAACUCCAAGAUUGUUACAAUGUAUCGUUUGAACGAUCCCAAUGGUUUUAGUACAGUAGAAGGUAUAUCAUGAUGUAGAACUGGUAUGAUACAUGUAGCUGGAAAUGGCAGUUUCUUUCAACCUUUAGUGACCUGACAUGUGGAAAUUUGUUUGUUUAAGUGUUAACAUAGAACACAGUGCUGUGUAUUUGUUUUUAUACACAAGCAUUUUUAAGUACAUGUACAAGGUUAAUGACUGUGACCAAGUCAGUCUUUUAUUACAUUUUAUUAUAUGGAACAACAUUGGCAACAGUAUGUAUGUGUAUGUUGUCACUCUGUAUAUUACAGUCAUGAUUUAGCACAAUGUAGAUUGUAUAUCUACCAUGUUAAAACUAUCCAUUGUUCAGUUUUUUUGUGGGAAACAAAAUCUUGUUUGCUCAAAUAUUUUAGAUUGACUGAUGACUCAUUGUCACUUUGACAAAGGAAUUGACAUAUAACCUGUGUGCAGCUAAGAAUGAUGACAAAAAUCAUUGUUUACAGUAGUCAGUUUUGGGCCUACAGAAUAAUUCUUGAACUACAUGUUAUCAAUGUGGCUCUUACGUUAUGUGAUCUUUGAUAACAUGCUGUAGUGAUACGGUUAUAAGCCACAAAGUUGAUGUUUUCACUUUGUAUAGCAGUUCCAGGUACUAGUAUCCUGGUAAACCCAAACCUGUAUCAGUACCCCUGACAGGAGGAAUCUUUUAUAUAUAAUAAUAGCCAAGGACAUUGUAUAAAAGUGUGCUUGGUAAACCCACGUCCUACACAUAUACAUGUAGUACCAAAUGUAUUUGAACAAAAUGAUAAUGUUUUAACAAUAUAGCUUUUAGUUUGUUCAGUAUGCUGAAUAUCAUAACAUUCCACUUGAUCAAGAAUUCACAUGUUGGAUGUUUUUGUGUGUAGUACUCUACAGAGAUGCUGUACUGUAAUAAAAACAGUUUUAUGUAAUACUAUAAUAGAGAAGUACUAACCCAGCAUUAUAAUUGAUAACCUUGCCUUAUACUACCUAUAUAUUUUAUGGUUACAAUUUUGUACUGUAUUUACACAUUCAAUAACAAUAUCUUAACAUAGACAUUUAAUGAUACACAUAGAGUAAGGUGUAGCACAUGUACAUCUACUUAACACUAUCACAUGCUUAAAUCAAUGUACAUGUAUAUGUCAUCACGAUCAGUAAUUUUAUAUUUUGAAUAAAGCAAGUGUAUAUUUAUUGAA